AUGCUGGUCACCCUCCUCUCCUACGCCGCCUUUGUCCUCUACCUGGGCCCCAAGUGGAUGGAAGGCCGAAAGCCGUAUCAGCUGAAAGGUGUUCUCCUCUUCUACAACACCUUUAUGGUUCUGGUGAACGCCCUUUUCUUUUACUUUCUAAUCGAGGACCCUGGACAUACACUUCANUUUAUGGUUCUGGUGAACGCCCUUUUCUUUUACUUUCUAAUCGAGGACCCUGGACAUACACUUCACCGCCUGCUUGACACCAAGUUCCCCGACUUUAACGCCAUUAAAAGCUCUGAAAUAAGCGCCAAAGAGAGGGUCACCAUUCUCAAGUGCUACUUCUACCUGCUGAGCAAGGUGGUCGACCUGCUGGACACGGUCUUCUUCGUCCUCCGGAAGAAGCAGUCCCAGGUGACCGCCUUGCACGUGUACCACCACUUCAGCGUGCCCUUCUUCGGCUUCAUCUACCUCCGCCUGAAUGCCAUCUGUCACGUGCUGGUCCCUUUCGCCUUCAUGAACACCUUCAUUCACGUGCUGAUGUACUCCUACUACGCACUGGCCGCCCUCGGCCCACAAAUGGCGCCCUACCUGUGGUGGAAGCGGUACCUCACCCAACUGCAGAUAGUUCAGUUUGCCGUGCUCUUCCUCCAUGGCCUCUUCUUCCUGCUUCGCCAGGAAGGUUACGCGCCCUUUUUCGUCGCCAACUACCUCCUUCAG